UGCUAAAACGACGCACAUUUCUUCUUUGGUUUACACACUUCAGCCAACACCAACCACCAACCACACACACCACCCAAGCUUUUCCAACUGCCACCACCCUCGGUAUCUCAUUGAAGGACCAUGAGAAGACGGCCACGGUGGCUUGUCACCCCCUUUGUGAUCCUGCAAGCCAUUGAUCUUCCCGUCAGCAACUCUUGGUCGUCUACCCACAGUCUGAUUCAAACUACUCGUACCGGUACAUGUACCAGUAGUAGGAGAUGUGUUGCCAUCAGAGCAGUGGCCGUUGACGCCGAGAAAGAAAACGCAGCAAGAGAAGCUGACAACGCAGGUCCUCUGUCGCUCUCAUUGGAAGAGCUGGCAGACAUUCUAGGUGGAAAGGGUCGGGCGAAAUCCUGCUGGGAUUGUUAUCAACUUGGUGUUGAUCCGUUAUGGUUUUUCGAGAAUGACGAUCCAAACCAGAGAGAACCCAUCCCUCACACUCUCAGCAAGGCUCUCUCAUUGUCAGUCGAACCAGAGACCAGAUCUCAAAUCAGAGAACGAAUCACGCCAAGACGACAAUCACAAGGGAUGGGACGCAACGCUUUGCAGAAACUCCGACAGGUUGUUGCUGUCUCUCCCCAACCUUCAGCCCAAAAGGACAAUUCGGCAACAGCAAAAGAAACAGAAACAGAAACAGAGCCGAUGGAUUCCAUGGCCUCCAUCGCCACGGUGACACAGCUGCAUCGCAGUCUGGAUGGAACAGCCAAAAUUGUACUCCAAUUGACGGAUGGGCUGCAGGUUGAAUCUGUUGUCAUUCCAUGGCCAGACCGAGAAACUUCUUCCCUUUGCAUUUCCAAUCAGGUUGGAUGCGCCCAAGCUUGCACAUUUUGCUCUACUGGGAGGAUGGGGGAGCUUCGCAGCUUGACUGCCGAUGAAAUACUGGUUCAAAUGUACUGGGCCGCGAAGGUGUGCCGCAUUUUCCCUGGAUUAUACCCCAUCGAUGCUUGUAUCUUUAUGGGCAUGGGUGAAGCUGCCCGCAACGUGCAACAUGUGGUCCGAGCUGCUUCACACCUAGUGGAUCCUCAGCUCUUUCAAUUGGCACCACGGAGGGUAACCAUAUCAACAGUGGCGCCUUCUCCAAAGGCAUUUGAAGAACUGGGAAAGGCUCCUGUUGUACUGGCGUGGAGUGUUCAUUCUUCCGAGGAUGCGCUCCGAAAAAAGUUAGUGCCUACUACAAAACACCAAAUGGUCGAGUUGAGAGAUUCUCUCAUCAAGGUCCUCCUGGGCCGGCCACGAAAAUUGCGACAAAUCAUGCUUGAGUUGGCAUUGAUUGAAAACGUUAAUGAUCGGCCACAAGACGCAGAGCAUUUGGCGGAAUUCUGCAAUGCCUUCUAUGAGAAAGUUCCAGGUGUCAAACUGGUGGUGAACUUGAUCCCGUGGAAUGAUAUAGCUGCAACAUCGGGCCCCGCUAAGCACUACCGAAAACCAUCGAAUGGGCGCAUCUUAGCUUUUCAAAAGAUUUUAGUCGGUAAAGACAUGUUGUGCUACGUACGCACGACCCGAGGCGAUGAUGAGAGCGCAGCCUGUGGUCAGCUUGCAACCAAGGCGUCAUCAAAACCAAACAAUAAAACAGACUAGAAACUAAGUUCAGGCUAGGCUGCAAGCUUAAUUU